AUGGCCCUCCCAGCUGUCGCCGUCAGGCUGAGGGCUCCCGUGCAUGCUGCUGAGGGGGGCCCUUCUGUGGUCCCCCUGCGGCCUGGGUUUAUCCAGACGGAGACGAGGGAUGGAGCGCAUGCACAGCAGAGCAUAGAGGUAUCAGGAGACGGCUCAAACGAUUCAAACUGCCGCCGCUGCACAAACUGCAGCAGCGGUGCAGCAGCAGGUGCAGCAGCAGCAGCAGCAGCUGCUGUAGCAGGUGCAGCAGCAGCUGCUGCACCUGCUGCUGGUGGUGUUGGGGUCCGAUCAUCGUCAUCUCGUAAGCCCUUGUUUGAAGUAUCUGCUGCUGAUGCAUCUAUUGUUGCUUCUGUUGCUGCUCUGCUGCAGCAUCUCGGUAUGCAGAACAGCUCAGAGGGGUGCGGGGCCCCCUGCUUCCUAAGUGCAACAGAGCCAAUGAUAAGCAUGCCUGACUACCUAGAACGUUUAGCUCGGUUUUUUCAGUGUAGCGGCGAGUGUUUCGUGCUGGCCCUGGUGUAUAUCGACAGACUGCUGCAGAUGAACAGCAACGUCUGGCUGUGCCCACUAAACCUUCAUCGUCUGGCGGUGACGGCGCUCAUGGUUGCAGUUAAGUUCGCCGAUGAUACAUUCUACUCAAACGCUUACUACGCAAAGGUUGGGGGCCUACCCCUCCAGGAGAUGAACCACCUAGAGGCCACGCUGCUGCGCAUGCUGCACUUCAGGCUGCAUGUUAUGCCGUGGGAGUUUCACAAAUAUUUUAAACUUGUAUUAGACUCACCCUUUGCUACACGCCGACCCCGGGCUAUAUGCACCAGCACCAGCACCAGCAGCAGCAGCAGCAGCAGCAGCAGCAGCAGCAGCAGCCAGCCGUCAUCGCCCCCAUCCGCUGCAUCUGUUGAGGACGGAUCCAGCAGCAGCAGCGGGAAUAGAAGCAGCAACAGCAACAGCAGCAGCAGCAACAGCAGCAGCAGUAACAGCAACAGCAAUACGAAUCUUGAUGGUUUGGGUUGCGGCAGCAGCAGCAGGGGCAGCAGCAGCAGCAGUGGCAAAGCACCGCAGCAGCAGUGCGGCAAUACGUGCUGCUCUCCGUCUUCUUCUGGCUCAACAGGAUGCUUCUCUGGCAGCUCCCAGUCCGUAUCCCCCCCCUCAACCCCUGAGGCUUCUGCUGCAGCUAAGUCUCCUCUGCAGCAGCAGCAGCAGCAGCAGCAGCAGGAGUUAUCCAGCAACAACAACAGCAGCACCAGCAGCAGCAGCAGCAGCAGCAGCAGGAGUAAGAACAAUACUAGUAGUAGUAGCAGCUGGUGCUCACCAGAACAGCUGGUGAAGCGUACAGCUGACGACGAUCACCACCCCCAUGAAACACAUAUAGAGAGAAUAGGCUGCAAGGGGGAGGGGCCCUGGGUACCCUCAGCAGCACACUGCGGGGCCCCGCAGCCAGCAUCUAUGUGA